UACGAGUGGCGCUGUUGACUGAUCUAAACGGGUAAACCGUGUGCAUCUUAUUUUCUUAAUUUUUAUAGAUAUUAAUCCUGAAUUUGAAUCAUAUUAAACUACCACAAAUAUUUGUAUAAAUAUGUGGAAACAUGGGUUAAUAUUUAUGUGCUUAAUAGCAGGAAUUUAUUGUGCCGUUGAUACGGCAAUUGAGAAUAAAAAAGUUGAAAGGACUAUUGACUUAACUUCUCAACUUGUUAAGGUAUACCAUAAAAUAAAUUUGGGCCGUACUGAUAAUGGAGUAAUAUCUGCAUAUACUUUCGUAUUAACUGAAGACGAGAAAAAUCAUUUAGCAUAUUUAUCGGCAAAAGAUGGAUCAAAAAAAGAAUUGAAAUUAACAGAAAGUAAAACAAGUAAUGGUUGGGAGUAUUUAGUAUCAUUUUCAAAUCCUGCAGCUACCCAAACUCUGUAUAUAGAGGCAGUAUAUACGAAAAUGUUACAAGCUUAUCCAGCAAGUAUAACUCAAUCUGAAAAACAGCUGGUUAGAUAUUUUGGAAAUUUAUAUUUCUUUUCACCAUACAAAACCGUAAAUCAGGAAACAUCAGUUUAUUUAAGUUCUAGAAAUGUUGAAUCUUAUACUCAAAUUAAACCGGUCUCUAUGUCAGAAAGCACUAUAAGUUAUGGAAAUUAUGAAAAUAUAGCCCCUUUCACGACUGAAGAAUUGGUAAUUCAUUAUGAAAAUCAUUCACCAUUUUUGAUUGUCAGCCGAUUAGAACGAACAAUUGAAAUUUCUCAUUGGGGUAAUAUUGCUAUAGAAGAAACAAUUGAUAUAUUACAUUCCGGAGCCAAACUAAAAGGUUCAUUUUCACGAAGUGAAUUCCAAAAAGAUACCAGAAAUAGUUUGUCAGCUGUAAAAUCAUAUAAAACUAUUUUACCGGCAUCUGCUACCGGUGUAUAUUAUCGCGAUACAAAUGGAAAUAUUUCAACUUCUAAUAUGAAAAUUUUAAAAGAUUCAGUUGAACUUGACUUAAAACCUAGAUUUCCAUUAUUUGGCGGAUGGAAAACUCAUUAUACUUUAGGAUAUAAUGUUCCUUCUUUUGAGUAUUUAUUCAAUAAUGGAGAUAACUACUUAUUAAAAAUGAGAGCAAUUGAUCAUGUUUUUGACGAUAUGACUAUCGAUGAAGCUAUUGUAAAAAUUAUUUUACCAGAAGGAUGUACAAAUAUAAAGUUAAUUACACCGUAUCCAAUAACUCGUUUACCUGAUACAUUGCAUUAUACAUAUUUGGAUACAUUUGGAAGACCUGUAAUUUCAUUUUCUAAAAGAAACUUGGUGGAAAAUCAUAUACACGAUUUCAAUUUAAAAUAUAAUUUUGCUAAAAUUACUAUGCUUCAAGAACCGCUAUUGGUCGUCAGUUUCCUAUUUGUUUUAUUUGUGAUAGUAAUUAUUUGUAUGCGCCUUGAUUUUUCAAUAGUAAAGGAAAAAGAAAUCCAUCAUCACAAAGACUAGAUAAUUUUUAAGAACUUUCCAAAAUAUGUUUUGUAUUAGAAAAUAAGAUAAUUUCUAAGCAUAUUAAUUAAAUAUGAAUUUUUAAAAUUUAAAAAAUUAAACACCACAUUGUUUUUUGAGGCAAAAAUAAAUAAAAAUGAACAAAAAUAUUUGAUGUAAUUUACGCAUGCGUCUGGUAAAAUAAAUUUCAAUA